AUGGAAUACGUCUAGACCUCACCAAAGUGGAAAAAGUAAAAGAAUUUCCACAACCAACAAACAUCACAGAAUUACGAGGAUUUCUAGGAUUAGCAUCUUACUAUAGACACUUUAUCCAAGGAUUUUCUAAUACUGCCGAACCAUUGCAUAAACUAUUGAAGAAAGAUCAAU